CUCCUCUUGGAGUUCCCUCUCCCCUGCAGGCUGGCCGGCCGCGUUUCCGUUUCGUCUUCUGGUUCCUGGAGCGGCGAAGACAACGCAUACAUCGCGCUGCCAGACCUGUUCACCUCCGGUUCCUUUAUCUCGUCGCUCACAGGGGGGCGGGUGUACUCCCAAGGUCGAUUGCCUCUUCGCGUUUCGUCUUCUGGGAGCGGCGGAGACGGGCAGCAAUUAAUGCAACUAUAUGCAAGCAGCAGCAGCAGCCGCCGCCUGGGCUACUACAAAUAGCAAAGGCAACAGCUGCUGCGCCAAGACCAAGAUGCUGUGGGGAGUAUUGUUCCAAUUCAUGUGGGCUGUCGUCUCCCUUGUCGUGACGGCCUUGGUGGCCUGCUGGGCGAAGUGAAUCCUGAUGGCCGGCGGCGUCGACAGAGCUAGAAAUAAAUAAAAAGGCAUAGCGAACGCCUGUGGUCAUGGUGACGGCCUCGCAUCGAGAUCUUGCUGUUUCGUCGUCGUUGCUGUUUCCCUGAUAGUACUAUAUAUGUAUUGAUUGCGU